CCAUAAACUCUUCCCCGAUAACCCAAUCUCUCUCUCUCUCUCUCUCUCUCUUUCUCUCUCUCAUACUUUCUAGUUUCUACACAGAUUCACUCAUUCACACAUUCAACUGAACCUCCUCUAACAAAAAGAUUCCUCCGCCAUAUCCAUGGUGCCCGUCAUUUUCACCCAGCGCACCUCCAUCACCACCACGCCUUACGCCUCCUCCUCUUAUUCUUCUUCACACUUCACCCCUCGCUUCCUCACUCUUCCCCGCACUCACCACACUCCUUCAUGCUCAAUUUCCAAUAAUGCCCCUGACCAGUCCACCAAUCCGCAAAAGCAACUUCUCCGCUCGCAGCAACAACCACGGACGCUGUUUCCCGGUGGCUACAAGAGGCCAGAACUCAAGGUCCCCACGCUGGUUCUCCAGCUUCGAACCGACGAAGUGUUCGAUUCAAAUGCCUUGGAUCUGGUGGACAAGGCCGUUUCCAAGUUCGUUGGAGUUGUUGUGCUCUCUGCCGCCGGCGACGAUAGCGGUGGCAGGCUUUAUGAGGCUGCUUGCGUCUUGAAGAAUCUUCUUAGAGAACGCGCCUACUUGCUCGUCUCUGAGCGUGUCGAUAUCGCUGCCGCUGCUGGUGCUACCGGAGUUCUCCUCUCCGAUAAAGGUCUUCCCACUGUUGUUGCUAGGAAUACUAUGUUGGAUUCGAAAUCUGAAUCGGUGGUACUUCCCUUGGUAGCUAGGAUCGUCCAAACAAUAGAUGCUGCAGUGAAUGCAACGAAAUCCGAAGGUGCUGAUUUUCUUAUAUAUGGUAGUGUUGAUCCGAAAGAUCUUAGCAAGGAAGUCAAUUCUGUGUGUGAAAAAGUGAAGAUACCUAUUUUUGUCUCGUGGAAUUUGCAUGGAGACAGGAUGUCUUAUGCUGAGGCUUCAAGUUUACUUGCUUCUGGUGGUAGUGGUUUUGUGACUACUUUGGAAGGUUUUAGUUUGUUAGAUGAUGAUUUCCUGCGCAAACUAUUUGACAUGCAGUAUGCUAAUGAUAAGAUAACACUGGAUGGUGUUUCUGGCAUUUUGAAUAAGCAUACAUUGUCGAGCAUGGAUACUGAUCUUCACAGUGAAGCGGAGGUUGUGGCUGGGUUCAUUAAAUUGGAGGAUAAGGAGAAACAGUUAAUAGAAACAGAGAAAUUGGUGUUGAAUGAAGCUAUAGAAGUUAUAAAAAAGGCUGCACCACUGAUGGAAGAGGUUUCACUUCUUAAUGAUGCAGUUUCUCAAAUUGACGAGCCAUUCUUACUGGUUAUAGUGGGUGAAUUCAACUCCGGUAAAUCUACUGUGAUUAAUGCACUUCUUGGGGAAAGAUACCUGAAAGAGGGAGUUGUUCCCACUACUAAUGAGAUCACAUUUUUACGAUACACUGACGUGGAUAUUGAACAACAACGAUGUGAAAGACAUCCAGAUGGUCAAUUCAUAUGCUAUCUUGCUGCUCCAAUUCUUAAAGAAAUGACAAUUGUUGAUACACCUGGAACUAAUGUGAUUCUUCAGAGGCAACAACGUCUCACAGAGGAAUUCGUACCACGUGCUGACUUGCUUCUGUUUGUUAUUUCUGCCGAUCGUCCUUUAACUGGAAGUGAGAUUACGUUUCUUCGUUAUUCUCAGCAGUGGAAAAAGAAAGUGGUCUUUGUUUUGAACAAAGCUGACAUAUAUCAGAAUGCCCGUGAGCUUGAGGAGGCGAUGUCCUUUGUUAAGGACAAUGUACAGAGAUUGCUUAAUACUGAAGAUGUGAUAUUGUAUCCAGUAUCUGCUCGGUCUGCUCUUGAAGAAAAACUUACUGCUAAGUCUAAUGUUGGGAAGCUUAAUGAUUUGUCUAGUUCCGGUUCUCACAAUGGUGCCAGCAGCUUUGAUGAGCUUGAAAAGUUCUUGUUUAGCUUUUUGGAUGGGUCAACAAUCCCUGGGAUGAAUAGAAUGAGGCUCAAGCUUGAAACACCUGUUGGAAUUGCAGAGAGACUAAUUUCAUCGUGUCAAACACUUGUGACACAAGAUUGCCGAUAUGCCAAGCAGGACUUAGCUGCAGUGAAUGAUAUUGUUAAUAGUGUAAAUGAAUUUGCAAUGGAUAUGGAAACUGAGAGCGUUUCUUGGAGGAGACAAACUUCAUCUUUGGUUGAGACUACAAAAUCACGUGUUGUGGAGCUCAUUGAAGCUACUCUACUAUUGUCAAAUCUUGAUAUUGUUGCUUCAUAUACUUUCAAAGGAGAAAAAUCUACAAUGCCUGCAACAUCAAGAAUCCAGAAUGACAUACUUGGUCCUGCUGUUUCAGCUACUCAGAAUUUACUUGGAGAAUAUGAAAACUGGUUACGUACCAAAAGUACCCAACAAGGGAGAUUAUACAAGGAAUCUUUUGAAAAACGAUGGCCAACUUUGAACCACGAAAAUAGUGAAAUUGAGAAGAAUGAGUCAUUAAAGAAAGUGGAUCAAGCUGGGAGUCAGGUGAUUGACGGCUUCAGCAGCAGUGCAGCUUCAAAGUCAUUUGAGCAAGAAGUUCGUGAGAUGUUUUUAUCGACUUUUGGUGGAGUGGGUGUGGCUGGUGUAUCUGCUUCGCUACUGACAUCUGUGUUACCAACAACACUGGAAGAUCUUCUUGCUCUUGGCAUUUGUUCUGCUGGCGGGUAUCUUGCUAUAUCAAAUUUCCCAAGGCGCAGACAGAGUGUGAUAGAUAAAGUGAAAGCAACAGCAGAGAAGUUGGCAUCUGAGCUUGAAGAGGCCAUGAAGAAAGAUUUCAAUGAAGCCAUGGAAAAUUUGAACAAUUAUGUGAAAAUCCUUGGUAAGCCUUACCAAGAUCAAGCACAGAAUAGACUUAACAUGCUUCUAGAGAUUCAAGAGGAACUAUCGAAUGUUGAAAAAAAACUUAGAACAUUACAAGUUGAAAUUCAAAAUCUUCAUGUCUCAUGACUUUGAA